CACUCUGAAAAAGAGGAAAAAGUUGAUGAUGAGUUUAGUGUGAAAGCGGCCCGCCUCAGAGUAGGCUAACCAACUAGGAAUGGCAGUUUGGACCAGAGCGGACAAAAAUGGUCAACUGGACCUUCUGCUCCGCGACCGCUGGAUCCGAGUGGCCGCCGAACUCACCCGAGAAACGCUGACUUUAACGGCCGAAGCGGAGGUAACCGGACAGGGGGGCAACCACUGGGACUACAACUCUUCGGCGGGCCUGCGAAAUGGCAUACCGAACGGAAACGACCCGGGAACGAGUCCAGGGAAUGCUGGCCGCAGUCCUUCCUCGGGUCAAGACCAACUUCAGAACCAGAACCAGGGGGGUAGGGGGCGCAGCGGCAGCCCGGGGCGCGGGGGUCUCAGUCGGGGUCAAUACGACGGCAACUACGGUUUAAACAGCUCCGGGAAGUACCCGAAUAACGGCACAAACUCUGACUUUGGAAGCCCCGGAUCCAGCUACGGCAGUCCCGGGUCCAGCUUCGGGUCUAAACAAGGCGAAAUUCCCGUCACUCUGGACGGCUCCUCGGAAGCUGUGCGGAAAGUCCGAGUUGUCAAACAGGAGUCUGGCGGGCUGGGGAUCAGUAUCAAGGGGGGGCGCGAGAACCGGAUGCCCAUCCUCAUCUCCAAGAUCUUCCCGGGGCUCGCCGCAGACCAGAGCCGUGCUCUCCGGGUGGGCGACGCGAUCCUGUCGGUGAAUGGGAACGACCUUCGGGAGGCAACACACGACCUGGCGGUCCAGGCGCUCAAGAAGGCGGGGAAAGAAGUAACGCUGGAGGUGAAGUACAUCAGGGAGGUUUCUCCGCUCUUCAAGAAGCCAUCCUUGGUGGCUGACCUACCAUGGGACGGCGUCCACCCACAGUCGCCUAGCUACAGCGGCAGCGAGGACUCCGGGUCGCCCAAACACAGCAGCUCCUCUUCCUCCAAAGACAGAAAAGUCAUAAGCCUGAAGAUGUGCUUCAUCAGCAGGAACCUCACCAUGCCAGAUCUAGAGAACAGACUUUUGGAGCUCCAUUCUCCAGACGGCCAGCACACGGUGGUUCUGCGCUGUAAAGAUGGCCCCACUGCCAACUCCUGGUUCACUGCCGUCCACACCAACAUUGCCGCUAUGCUGCCACACUCCCUGGCUCACAUCAACGCUUACCUGGGGGCCUCGUCUUCGACCUCUACACACCCCCAUCUCAAACACAUCGGCUGGUUGGCUGAGCAGGUUCAGCUGGAGGGUGGACGGCAGCAGUUCAAGCCAGUGGUCAUGGCACUGACGGAGAAGGACAUCCUGCUAUUUGAAUCGGUGCCGUGGAGCAGAGAGUCCUGGUCCAUCCCUCUGCUCACACAUCCGCUGCUCGCCACAAGACUGGUUCAUUCUGGCAGUGCUCGGGGUUCUCCCGCCCAGGGUUCAGACCUGGUGUUCGCCACUCGGACGGGCACAGGGCGGGGCAUCGAGUCCCACAUCUUCCGAGUGGAGACCCACUGGGAUCUGUCUUCAUGGACGCGAGCCCUUGUGCAGGGUGCACAUGCUGCCGCUGAGCUCAUCAAAGAAGUCUCCAUUGGUUGCACGUUGAACAGACAGGAUGUUCGGCUGACGCUGCAUUAUGAGAAGGGCUUCACUAUGAUGAGGGAGCCGGUAGAUUCAGCCGGGGGUGCUGUGCUGUUCAGAUACCCCUACGAGAAGCUCAAAAUGUCCGCCGACGAUGGAAUACGCAACCUCUACCUUGACUUUGGGGGCCCAGAAGGAGAAAUGGUAUUUGACCUCCACUCGGGUCCAAAGCCGGUGGUGUUUGUCCUCCACUCCUUCCUGUCAGCCAAGCUCACUCGUAUGGGCCUGCUGACGUGAAACAACUAACAACAGCAGUGUGGACGAGAGGACGUGCGCAGCGAGGAGGGGGAAGACACUCCCAAAAUGCUGAUACUGGGGCAUGAAUUUUAAUUUUCUUUUCUUUUCUUUUCCAAUUUCUCCAUUCACAGCUGAAGCUGCAGGGAAGAUUUAACCCACAAGUUGAAUUGUUGAUUGUCUCAAAAUUGUGCAUUCUCUUCCAAUUUCUCCUCAGCCUCUUGCGAUCAAUUGUAUUGCAAGGUCAGAUAAAAGGAAGUGGCACUUUGCUUGAAGUCAUGAGGUGUUAAGAGACGAAAUACAAAAGAAAACAAUCUCAUAGCAUUCCAUGUGAUAAUGUAUUACAUUUCAUUAUGAUUAUCUGAAAUGAUGUUUUAAAAAAACAAGCUAAGAAGUUGUGAUGUGCUUAUGAGAUUCCAUUACCAGUGCACUUCAAGCAAAGUGUUAUAUACGGUAUAUUAAGGAAAGGAAGGAUUUUUAGACAAUUAAUACACAGCCAAGCACAGAUUGGUAAAUGCUCCCUGUUUUUACUCUAUGCCUAUCAUUCCACGACAGCCUUCCAAUGUACUUUGGGCUAUUUUUAAUGUAUUUGUUUGUCUUUGUGUAGACAUGUGAGUGUAAGAUGCUGUUUUAGAGUCAGAAUGCAGUUAACUGAGCAGAGAUUGUGUGUGUGUGUGUGUGUGUGUGUGUGUGUGUGUGUGUGUGUGUGUGUGUGUGUGUGUGUGUGUGUGUCUGUUGGCUUGAUAGUGUGCCUGCUGUCUGACAGACUCACCUUUUAGCACAUUAUCCCAAACUACUGUUGUAAUCAGAAGUGCCAACUGUGCCUUUUUACAUGUAGUCGAAGACACUCUUUGUAACGUUUCCUUUUUUAUUUCACACAAUAAGAGAGUUUUAAGCUUUCGACAUGUGCAAGCAAUAGUAUUACUCUUAUAGUGUAAACCAUGUUACUUUGUUUUUAUUUCUUUUUAUGUGUAUCCCAUGAUAAGCAUGACUUCCUGACAUGGAACUCUGUAUCAGAUGAUGAUAUAUGACCGUAUGUUACCUCCCCUCCUUGACCUUCACUACCAUGUUGUCUCUGUCUCAUUGACGCUAUCAUCUCCUUCCGCUUGAGAUUACUGGUCUCUUCUUACCAUUCCUAACGCAGCAUUUCUCUGGCUAAGGACUGUUGAACAGGCUUGUUUCAAGGUGGGCCACCACAUGACAGAAGUACCAUUGUAUUUAAAUAAUCCCAACUGUAAUGGUCAAAUACGUCCCGCCUCCUGCAGUAGAGAGGUCACUGAACACUUUAUGUCCCUUCCAUUUUAGAUCCGAAAAGCCUAUGAAAGUUAAAAAAAAUAAUAUUUACUCAAGGUCCACUGACUUGCCUUCUUUUGGUGCUUUCAUGUAACCAGAGCAUGUGGGUUCACCUUUGUACAUGAAAUCAUCAGGCCAACUAGUGGGUGUCAAUGAUCACAUGAUUGUUCACAUAUAUGCACAGAGCAGGAGUAGCCAAUCAGAGACAAGGAUUUAUCUUAUAUCUUGCACAUUGUUAAGUCUUUUACAAAACUUCUUACAUUUAACUCAGUAAUACAGUAUGUUAUUCUGCAAAAACAUGUCAUUUUAAAAUUAUAACAACACUUAGAAAUAUUAUAUAUUAUAUGGAAAGUGAUGAAAUUGGCUGAUAAACUUAAACAGGAAAGAAAUUCUUCUGCUGGUAGAUCAGGUACAUCAGAUAGUAAGGAACAUUUGUCACGCACAAAAUAAAUGGCAGCCAUAUUCUUGCUGUUUACAUCCCU